UACAGUUGUAGGUUUAGGUUAAUUUCUGUCUGUGCUACGUACCCAUUUACCAAACAGUCUUCCUUUCAAAUCAAUUUACUUAACCAAAAUUCAUUUUGGUAUACUGUAAAUUAUUUUGAAUUUGUUUUAUUCUUUUGUAUUUGUUUUUAUCUUACUAUCACCAAAAUAAUUCCAGAUUUACUAAUUUACCCUAAGGUAGGACCUUAGGCUUCGGCCUAAGGUCUCGGCAACGAGACCUUCUGAAAACAUCAUAAAUUAAUAAUAGAAAUUUUGUCAAAUACCACUAAGUGUUUCACAACUUGCACAAAAAUGAGUCAAUGGAAUAAUUCAUACGUUUACAACAAUCAAUAUCAAGGUGCUAAUAGUUGGAAUGGUGAUCUUAAUGACCAAUAUACAAACAGAACUUAUUACCCUAAUGUACAACAGGAUGCAACCAACCACUAUGUUAGCUUUAAUGAGUUUCUAUCUCAGAUGCAGGGCAACAGUAUACCAACCACCAAUAAUACCAGCUUUAACAAUCCACAAUACCAAACAUAUGAACAAUACAACUACCCAAAUAUUCCAUCCACUUCUCAUAAUAUUCAGCCCGAUAGAUAUUAUGGAGCAAAUGCAUCUAAUCAAGGUAAUAGUUUUAAUCAGAACCAACAUAAUACCCAAUUAGCACAACCGGAACCAAAUGUGUAUACAAAUGAAAUGAUACUUAAUUCUAAUUUGACACCUACUGCUGUGGAGUUUGUGCCAAAGAGUUCAAGUGUGAAACCAUCAACCAGUGCCCAAAGUAUUCCUGAGGCCUCCCAAAGCAGCAGUAAUGAAUGUGUUACAGAAAACAAAAAAUAUUACAACAGAUCAUCAGCUGACACAAAUUGGAGGGAAAGAUCGAAGCCAGCACAAAAUAAUGGCGAUUCAAACCAUAGAAAUGAACUAGUUAACCGUCAGGAUAAUUAUAGGAAUAAUGACUCUAGAUACCGUAAUCGAAAUUACCAUGACCAAGGAGGUCGAUAUGAGUCUGGCAGCCAAGAAUCUGGUAAUCGUAACAAUGAUAGAAAUCAAUCUAAAUCUAAUUCCAAAAUUAAAAAUAAGGACUCUGAUCCUGGUCGCACAUUUUAUAAUAGCACUAUUAAUAAGAAUGGUCAAGAGGUAAGAAAUGGGAAAGAGGGACCAUCAGGAAGAGGCAGGAAUUGGGCUGGUAGCCAACGAGUGAGGACUGCCGAAAGAAACCCUACUGAAGAUGAGCAGUAUGCCAACAACUAUCUACAUUAUAAAGAUGAAAAGUCUGAAAAACAAAAUCAAAUUUUGAAGACUGAAAAUACUUACAGCCCUCUUAAGAUUAAGAGUAAGAAUUCAGAACAAGUUCACUCUGAAAUGACUCAACGUGAGAGGCUCAGUGAACAAUUAGAUAAAGGUACCUUAGAAUGUCUUGUGUGCUGUGAAAGGGUCAAGCAAACAGACCCAGUAUGGUCAUGCAACAAUUGUUACCAUGUGCUUCAUUUGAGAUGCAUCAGGAAAUGGGCUGUGAGCAGUAUGGUUGAAGCUAAAUGGCGCUGCCCAGCCUGUCAGAACACAAGUAAAGAUAUUCCAACUGAAUACCGUUGUAUGUGCGGCGCGGUCCGGUCCCCUGAAUACCAGCGUGGGUCCAGCGGGGCUCACACCUGUGGGAAGUCCUGCAAGCGCCCGAGAAACUGUCCACACCCUUGUACAUUACUUUGUCACCCUGGUCCAUGCCCACCCUGCCAAGCUACCAUUAGAAAAGAAUGCGGUUGUGGCGCGGAGACACGGUCGGUGCUUUGCAGCAGCAAGCUGCCGCAACUGUGCGAGCGGACCUGCAGCCGCACCCUCGCCUGCACCAAACACGCCUGCACCCAGCAGUGCCACGAGGGACCCUGCAACCCAUGCACAAAGACAGUCACACAAGUGUGCCACUGCCCGGCGGCGGAGACGCGCGAGGCUGCGUGCAGCGACGCGGCGUGGGAGGGCGCGCGCGCGGCCGCGUGGGCGUGCGGCGGCGCGUGCGGCCGCGUGCUGGCGUGCGGCGCGCACGUGUGCUCGCGCGCCUGCCACGCGCCGCCCUGCGCGCCCUGCGCCCUGCGGCCCGGCAACGUGCCCACCUGCCCCUGCGGCAAGAACAAGUUAGAAGAAAAUAAACGCAAGACGUGUACGGAUCCUAUUCCGCUAUGCGGCAACAUAUGCGCGAAGCCACUCGCCUGCGGCCCAGCUGGGGAUAAGCACUUUUGCAAAAUCGACUGUCACGAUGGUCCAUGCCCUGUGUGUCCUGAUAAAACGUUACUGCAGUGUCGCUGCGGACACUCCAGUCGCGAGGUGCCUUGCUCUGACUUGCCAGAAAUGUAUAAUAAUGUAUUGUGCCAGAAGAAAUGUAAUAAGAAGCUGUCGUGCGGCCGUCACCGGUGCCGGGCGGCGUGCUGCGCCGCGACCGCGCACCGCUGCAGCGUGGUGUGCGGCCGCUCGCUGGCCUGCCAGCUGCAUCGCUGCGAGGAGUCCUGCCACACCGGACACUGCGCGCCCUGCCCGAGGCUCAGUUUCGAGGAGCUGCGGUGCGCGUGCGGGUCGCAGGUGUCGCUGCCGCCGGUGCGGUGCGGCGCGCGGCCGCCGGCGUGCUCGGCCCCGUGCGGGCGCGCGCGCGCGUGCGGCCACGAGCCGCUGCACUCGUGCCACUCGGGGGACUGCCCGCCCUGCGUCGUGCUCACCACCAAGCGCUGCCACGGCGGACACGAGGUACGCACGUACCUUCUAUAUCAGACCUGGCGGCCGCCGGCGUGCUCGGCCCCGUGCGGGCGCGCGCGCGCGUGCGGCCACGAGCCGCUGCACUCGUGCCACUCGGGGGACUGCCCGCCCUGCGUCGUGCUCACCACCAAGCGCUGCCACGGCGGACACGAGGUACGCACGUACCUUCUAUAUCAGACCUGGCGGCCGCCGGCGUGCUCGGCCCCGUGCGGGCGCACGCGCGCGUGCGGCCACGAGCCGCUGCACUCGUGCCACUCGGGGGACUGCCCGCCCUGCGUCGUGCUCACCACCAAGCGCUGCCACGGCGGACACGAGGUACGCACGUACCUUCUAUAUCAGACCUGGCGGCCGCCGGCGUGCUCGGCCCCGUGCGGGCGCGCGCGCGCAUGCGGCCACGAGCCGCUGCACUCGUGCCACUCGGGGGACUGCCCGCCCUGCGUCGUGCUCACCACCAAGCGCUGCCACGGCGGACACGAGGUACGCACGUACCUUCUAUAUCAGACCGGGCGGCCGCCGGCGUGCUCGGCCCCGUGCGGGCGCGCGCGCGCGUGCGGCCACGAGCCGCUGCACUCGUGCCACUCGGGGGACUGCCCGCCCUGCGUCGUGCUCACCACCAAGCGCUGCCACGGCGGACACGAGGAAAGGAAGACCAUACCAUGCUCACAAGAGGAGUUUUCUUGCGGCCUACCAUGUGGCAAACCUCUACCGUGUGGCAAGCAUACCUGCAUACAGACCUGUCAUAAAGGACCUUGUGAUACUGUCAAGUGUACGCAGCCGUGCGCGGAGGCUCGCGGUUCGUGCGGGCACGAGUGUGCGGCGCCGUGCCACGCGGCGGCCGGCUCCACGUGCCCCAGCGGCGCGCCCUGCCGCCGCGCCGUGCAGGCCUGCUGCCCGUGCGGCCGCCGCCGCGCGACCCGCGCCUGCGCCGACAACGCCCGCGACCACGCCAGGAUUAUGAGUGCGCUUGCUGCGGCAAAAAUACAAGAAGGCGGUUCCGUUGAUAUAUCCAGUGUUCAGCGUCCUAGCUCCAUGUUAAAAACGCUGGAGUGUGACGACGAGUGCCGCGUGGAGGCUCGCACGCGGCAGAUGGCGCUGGCGCUGCAGAUCCGCAACCCCGACGUGUCCGCCAAGCUGGCGCCGCGCUACAGCGACAUGCUGCGGGCCACCGCCGCGCGCGAGCCGGCCUUCGCGCAGCAAGUGCACGACCGACUCACCGACCUCGUGCACCUCGCCAAGAAGUCAAAGCAAAAAACCCGGUCCCACUCGUUCCCGUCGAUGAACUGGCAGAAGAGACAAUUCAUACACGAAUUGUGCGAGCAUUUCGGAUGCGAGAGUGUCGCAUAUGAUGCCGAACCUAAUAGGAACGUCGUUGCCACUGCCGAUAAAGAGAAGUCGUGGCUGCCCGCGAUGAGCGUGCUGGAGGUGGUAUCGCGUGAAGCGGGCAAGAGACGCGUGCCCGGGCCCGUACUGCGGGCGCCGCCGCCCGCUGCAACUUCCGCUUCCGCCUCCGCGGCCGCCAGCGCCGGCCCCGCUGCCACCAGCAAAUCAUCAACUGGAUGGGCGACGCUGACGUCAGCAAACGCGUGGGCAGCACGCAGCCAGACCAAGCCAGUGAGCGAGCAGCCCAAACCCAAAAUAGACUACUUCGAUAACCCGCCGGAGAACUAGUCGCGCGUGGGAUAACUCAAGUGGUAUACUAUCUUUGGUAAACUCAGUGUAGAAACAAAGUUAAUUUAAACCCUAUAACUGCUGAGAAUUUGCGUCGCAAGUUGAAACAGUCGCUGUAUAGUUCUACAUAUUUACGUAUAGGAAAAACGAGACGUGUUCAAAACGUGAAGUGUUCACCGUUUACAUGCUAGUACAGCAUUUAAAUCCAUACAUAUAAUACAAGUUAUCACACACAGCGU